AUGCUGCAAAUCAGAUCGCACCGUGUAUCGAACGUGAUGCCCAGGGCAGAUGUAUCUGGGGCGGCCAGCAGAUCGAACGAAAAUCCAGACAGACUGCAGACGUUCUUCAACUCGGCGAUGGAACGCAUCUUGAAGAAGCAACGCGCCGCACAGGGGGUGCCAACGGUGCCCCCGGCGAGAAGAACGGAGCCGCAGGACGUCGACAUGGAUUCGGUGGGAUCUGACCAUGGAGAGUACGAUCCGGACGAUCUGGACCUCCCUGCCUCCCGGCAAGCGACGAACCGUCAGGGACGUGCGCACUUCGGAUCGAGCAAGUAUCCGCAGGAGGCCGCCAGUUCUGACGCCACGAAGUCGGCUCCAGCGCGUAAGGUGCAAGCCGUCGUGACCACGAACCAGCCAGAAAGCGAUAGCGACUCUGGCCUUAGCGGAUCGGAGUCCGACGGUGAUCUACGCCGGACCUACCUGGCUGCAACGGAAGGAUAG